AUGGCGGACGAGGUGCAAGCAGAGCGUUCCCCAGCUCAAUCAGACGUUAUCAAGGAAGAUGUGGCUGCUCCAAAGCCUGGUGUCAAGUGGACGAAGUAUCUUGGUCUGAAGGGCAAGGAUUCUCAAGCCCUCGAGGAGAGAUGGGCUCACCGGGAGAAGUGGUCGAUGGGUAUACUCAGUGACAAACACACCGAUGAAGUACCAGGAACCAUCCUACUGCUUGCUUCAAAACGAAAUGAACCUCUCGGUCUCAGAAAUACACCAGCUCGAACAUCCGCUACGUCACUACCCUCGCCAUAUCCUCCAUCCAGGUCCUCUUCACGCGGCCCGGCAGCGCCCAAGAAGCGUACAGCAGACGGGACGAUAGUCUUGGAUCCACAGCCGGAAGAGUCCAUGAACGACCCUCUCAACUGGCCUGUCUGGCGUCGAGACCUGGCGAUGCUGUGUCUGGGCUUCUACUGCAUGCUCGGAGGUGGUAUGACUCCCAUCCUGGCUGCUGCAUACAAUGAGGUCUCGCUAGAGUACAGUAUCAGCUUCCACAAGGUUGCCUUAACUACGGGACUCUACAUGCUGGGUCUUGGGCUCGGUUCGGUCGUCAUGUCGCCUACUGCCAUAUUAUACGGUAAACGGCCGGUCUACAUCGCCGGUGCUACCAUGUUCAUCAUCUCUGCGGUCUGGUGUGCUCUCUCUCCUUCUUACGUCAGUCUUGUCAUUGCUCGCAUCUUCCAGGGGUUGGCUGUUAGUCCUGUUGAAUGUCUGCCUUCUGCUACCAUUGCAGAGAUCUAUUUCUUGCAUGAGCGUGCCUAUCGGGUGGGUAUAUAUACAUUGCUGCUUUUGGGAGGGAAGAACUUGAUUCCCCUUGUCAGUGCAGCCAUCACAAACAGUCUGGGAUGGCGUUGGAUUUUUUGGAUGGUUGCUAUCACUACUGGAUUUGGUGCGAUCUUGGUGUUUUUCUUCGUUCCAGAGACCUUCUGGGAUAGAACUCCACGUCCUCGUGUGAAGAGGCCCAAUAUGCGCAGAAGCGUCUCUGAUCUUGUACAUACCCUCCGAGGCAGGUCCUCGCAGCCUGUCACCCCUGGUCCCGAAGAACCAGACAAGCAGCUGGGCGCUGCUACACCCCGGAAGCACAAAGAUGUGCAUGUUGGCUUCGCUGAUAAUGAGAAGUCAGAAGUCGGGAUGGAGGCCAGCAGGGCAGAGUACGAGAAAGACCUUGGCCAGCCUUCCGUUCCGGCUAUAGUGAUUGACCCCGAGGCCCAGCGGUCCGUUCCUGCGUCCAGGGACCAGGCGGAUCCCACAGUCCAGCUAUCCCAACAGCAGAUUUACACCAGUAACCUUCGCGCCAAACCGCCAGUCAGCUUCAUCCAGUCCCUUAAACCAUGGAACGGCCGAAUUGCCAGAGACAGCUGGCUCCGCGUCAUGGUCCGCCCAUUCAUCCUCUUCGCCUACCCUGCCGUCCUCUGGUCGUCCAUGGUCUACGCCCUCUCCGUCGGCUGGCUCAUUGUCCUCUCGGAAUCGGUGGCGGAAGUCUACGCAAACCGCGACGCCUACAAUUUCACCCCUUUACAAGUUGGAUUAGUGUACAUCUCUCCAUUUGCCGCUGGUAUCCUUGGCACAAUAGUGGCUGGCAGAGUGUCCGAUAUCGUCGUUCGAUUCAUGUCCCGUCGAAACGGAGGCGUUUACGAACCUGAGUUCCGUCUCGUCAUGGGUGUUCCUAUCACAUUGGCCACAACCAUCGGCCUAAUGGGCUUUGGAUGGAGUGCUCAGGAGAGAGAUAACUGGAUCGUACCCACUGUGUUCUUUGGCAUCUUGUCCUUUGGUUGUACGCUCGGAAGCACCACGUCCAUCACUUUCUGCGUGGACAGUUACCGUCAAUAUGCCGGCGAGGCGCUAGUGACGCUGAACUUCAGCAAGAACGUUCUUCAUGGCUUUAUUUUCUCUCUCUUUUUCGUCCAAUGGCUCCAGGCAGAUGGAGCCAAGGCGGUGUUUGUUGCAUUAGGCGGCAUUCACCUUGGCUUAAUGCUUUUCACAAUCCCUCUAUAUAUCUAUGGUAAACGAGCGCGUAUGUGGACCGUUCGAAAACGUUUGAUGGAGAAGUUUUAG